CCUGAUAGGCCUGCGUCCUGGCUGCUUGUGCGCAUGCGCAAGUAGAAGGGAUGUCGAAUCUGGCCUCCUGCGAUACGGGGGGUCUCCAAGCCCCAGCUCAGGCGGAGCAAAAGCCGCCGUCUUCGCUGAAACCGUGUUGUGCCUGCCCCGAGACGAAGCAGGCGCGCGACGCCUGCAUCAUCGAAAAAGGAGAAGAAAACUGUGGUCAUCUUAUUGAAGCUCACAAGGAGUGCAUGAGAGCUUUGGGUUUUAAGAUAUGAACAAGAUGAGCCAUAUAUUGGAAUAUUUCAUAGGUGAUUUACUGUGGAUAAUUGGAAACUUUACUUCCCCAACUGGUUGAAUUGAUUUUCGAUGUUUUAUAUGAGAAGAUGAAGUUUUUGGGAAAAAUAUUUAAGAUAAGUUUUAAAAUCACAGAAGUCUGUCGCCUUAAUGUCCUUCUGUAGUUAACAGAUUUGGGCAAUUGUGAUAAUAAAUUCUUCUUAGUAUUUAAAGUUCUAAUUCAAACACAGCAUUGUUUCUUUCAUGUACAUAUUUGAAAUAUUAUGAGUUUGAUCAAUAAAGCAGUUUGGUCUGAAUACA